CACGGUCCGCCCGUUUGGUUAAAUCGGGCGGAGCGCAGCUGGGGCGGAGAGGGGCUGGCCCGGAUCGGACCGACGAGCGAUGAUGACCCGGGUGAAGGCAGUGGUCUCUCAGCUGGUGGGGGGCCAGGCGGCUGCUGGCUCCAGCCCCCAGUUGGGGUACAGCCGCCCGGUGUUCCUGCAGCUCAGCCCCGAGGAGAGGGAGCAGGCGGCGGAUCACAGCCGCAGGAACAUCGUUAGCCCCAGCUCGGAGAGCGCCAGGAGGCGGCUUCUGCUGCCCUGGGACACGGGAUACGCCGAGGUGAUUAAUGCUGGGAAAAGUGUCUUCAAUGAAGAUCAAGCUGCCCGAGAAAUAGUGUGGGUGGAAAGGAGGAAUUCGAACAGUAGUACAGCAGGCGAGGUGGUCAAAGGUGACAGGAGCACGGGCAAGGAGAGGGAUGGACUUGAAUUCCAUUAUUGGGCACUGUUUGAUGGGCACGCGGGGACAGCAGCUGCUGUGAUGGCUGCCAGACUGCUUCACCUUCACAUCAGCGAGCAGCUGCAAGACAUUGUUGACAUCCUGCAAGAUGGUGAUGUGCCACCCCCCAUCUGCCUCACCAGCCACACCAAAGGGGUAACGGGAAAUGGUGCAAAGUGCCCCUCACACGAGGGGGACUGGGAACCUCCCACCGACAGCGAGUCACGCUUCUUGCUGGAGAAGGAAAUAUCCCACGAGCAUCUGAUCAUUGGUGCGAUCGAGAACGCCUUUCGCCAGAUGGAUCAGCAGAUAGAGAGAGAACAGAAAGCACAUGGCUCACAGGGGGGGUGCUGUGCUCUGGCUGUCGUGUACUUGCUGGGAAAAAUCUACAUUGCCAAUGCGGGUGACAGCAGAGCCAUCCUAAUCCGCAAUGGUGAAAUUAUCCCGCUCUCUAAUGAGUUCACCCCGGAAUCAGAGCGACAGAGACUCCAGUAUUUAAUUCUGGCAUACAAGACAAUUGAGGAAGAUGAUCUGAAGUUCCCAUUGGUCUAUGGUGAAGGUAAAAAGGCUCGUGUUAUGGCGACCAUAGGGGUGACUCGAGGGCUGGGGGACCAUAAUCUGAAGGUGCACUGUUCCAACAUCCACAUCAAACCGUUCCUGUCCUGCAUCCCAGAGGUGAAGGUGUACAACGUUACAAAGUAUGAGCAUGGGGUGGACGAUGUGAUAGUCCUGGGGACAGACGGAUUGUGGGAUGUGGUUUCUAACCGAGAGGUAGCUGACGUCGUCACUCGCGUCCUCUCCAGCUGCCAGCCCGAUGAUCUGAACAGGUUCACUCUCGCUGCUCAGAAUCUGGUGAUGAGAUCCCGUGGGAUUCUGAAGGGACCCAGUUGGCGACUGUCCAAUGACAGGCUGGGCUCAGGCGAUGACAUUUCGGUGUUUGUUAUUCCAUUGUAUGGCCACACGUGAGCUGCUGGAGGAUGCUGUCACCCUGGAGCUCUCUAAAGACUCAUCACGGAGUGUCACCCAGUCCCUUCGGCAGUUACUUUUUCGCCCCCCCCUCCCUUUUUUUUCCUAAAUUGGCUUCCCCCAGUCCCUCGAGAUAUAAUCCUCCCCAAUAGAAGCAUCGCGGAAAACAAAUUUGCAUUACAGUAGCACCUUCCAGAACCUCAGUGCUGUCGAGCCAAUGAAAUACAAGGAGUGACUCCUGAACUGUCAGGCACCACACAGCAAUGUGCUGGAAAUAACUGCGUCCUAUUUUAUUUUAUUAUGGUGUUGGUCCAGGGAUGAAUCUUUAGCCAGGAGAUGAAUGGGAAGGGUUUAGAGGGAUAUGGGCCAAAUGCUGGCAAAUGGGACUAGAUUGGGUUGGGAUAUCUGGUUGGCAUGGACCAGUUGGGCAGAAGGGUCUGUUUGCGUGCUGUACAUCUCUGUGACUGUCUGACUUGGGUGAGCUCCCCUGAUCUAUUUUAAAAAUGCUCCCCCCCCCCCCUCCACCACCAUUCCUCAGACAGCAGACAGUGCCCCAGUUGUACACUGCAUCUGAAACAGAGCCUCUGCAGCACUCCCUCAGCCCUGCCCUGAGGGUAUCAGGCUAGAUGUUUGUGAUCGGGUCUGGUGAGUGGGGCCUCGAAUUGUGAACAAGCAAAUGAGCUAGUCUCCUGUUUAACCACAGCCAACACCCUCUGGGACUGUUUGUGUCCGCGGACCUGCAGCAGAACUCAGAUUGCAGACUGUUUCCCACUCAGUGCCCACCACACCCAGUCCGAUGGUCUGAGUGCAAUGCCUCAGCAGGCAAUCAGCCUGGUCUAAGUGAGGGUUCAAAUGUCAAACGUGCCCUCUUCUUAGAAAUCUCUGGUUUCCAACCUUUGAUGAAGAUAUCUAUCUGAAACGUGCAAAAAGAGGAAAGUAAAUGUUCUGUAAAUGUGAAAUGAAAACAGAAAAUGCUGUAGAUUGGGCAGUAGGACCAACGUUGAAAAGACAUUUGGAUAAAGUCCAUGUGUGGGAAAGGGCUGGGGACAUAUAGGUAAGCACAAAUUUAGUUUGGGAACAUGGUCAGCAUGGACUGGUUGGGCCAAAAGGUCUGUUUCCAUGCUCUCUGACCCUAUGACUCAGCACUUAAAUGCUCCCAGUUUAAAAGAGAAACUACAACUGGUGAAAGAGAGAGCAAAAGUAAUCAAAAUGUUUGAAUAGAGGGGAAAGGCCAGUCAGGGAAAGUUAGAGUUGAUAGAACCUCCAGGAACACAAGUAACUAAAAUUGGUAACCCUGUUGUCCGUUUUAAAAAAGAACUCAACCAUUUUAGUUCACUUUACAAACUGGUUACUGGUGGAGUUCAUCUUACUACAGACAACCAGUCCCUCUGUCCCAGAACAGUAUUUAAUUUAAAUACAUCAAAGAACUGUGGAUGCUGGAAAUCUGAAAACAAACACAGCAAGUGCUGGAGAAACUCAGCAGCUCUGGCAGCAUCUGUGGAGAGAGAAACAGAGUUAAUGUGUCGGGGCGCAGUGAUGUUUCCUCAGAACUAAUAUUUCAGAAUGUGACCAUCAAUGUGGAUUCGUUUUUUGCUCUCCAGAUUCUGAAGAAGAGGUCACUGGACUUGAAACGUUAACUCUGUUUCUCUCUCCACAGAUGUUGCCAGACCUGAUGAGUUUCUCCAGCAAUUUCUGGUUUUGUUUAACUGUUAAUGAGGUCAUUGUUUGAUUUCUUUGCCAUAGUUUGAAUUCCAGUCCCACAGGUUGGUUGUGUGUAGGUGAUAAUCCUUAAUCAGAGCUGGAUGUGAGCAGUCCUUUGGCUGAAGCCUUUGAAAAUAGGCCCUGGUGUGUUACCUGGUGUGAUUCCUGAUGAAGGGCUCUUGCCCGAAAUGUCGAUUUUCCUGCUCCUUGGAUGCUGCCUGACUUGCUGUGCUUUACCAGCAACACUCUAAUCUAGACCCCAGUGUGUUACCAGCAACUUCCUUGUUCUUCCCCAAGAAAUAAUCCCCUUUUUGAAAAUGUCAGGGGGCCGAGGAAGGAUGUUUUGAUUCAUUGCUGUUUAGGUGGAGCCCUGUAGAGAACCCGCAGAAUCCAGAUUCCACUCUUGAGGCCCAUCACUUCCUCUUCCAAACCCUGAGCUGCUCCCCUUGCUCGGUACAUUUGUUUUCGGCCUGAGAAGUGGGUCUCUGUUAUUGAUUGAAGGUUUGUGACUAUGUCAAAUUGUACAGUUCACUAAAAAUAAUAAAGAGACACGACACCA